UGAACCGGAUGUGGUGGCACAUGCUGUAAUCUCAACAACUCAGGAGGCUGAGGCAGGAGGAGCACUGUGACCUGAAGUCAGCCUGAUCUAUAAUAGUCUUCAAGAAAUACACUUUCAGGAAAUGGCCUCUAAAUCUUGGCUGAAUUUUUUAACCUUCCUCUGUGGAUCAGCAAUAGGAUUUUUUUUAUGUUCUCAGCUAUUUAGUAUUUUGUUGGGAGAACAAGGUGACACCCAGCCUAAUAUUCUUCAUAAUGAUCCUCAUGCAAGACAUUUGGAUGAUAACGGACAAAAUCAUCUAGAAGGACAAAUGAACUUCAAUGCAGAUUCUAGCCAACAUAGAGAUGAGAAUACAGACAUCGCUGAAAACCUGUACCAGAAAGUUAAAAUUCUUUGUUGGGUUAUGACGGGCCCUCAAAAUCUAGAGAAAAAGGCCAAACAUGUCAAAGCUACAUGGGCCCAGCGUUGUAAUAAAGUGUUAUUUAUGAGUUCAGAAGAAAACAAAGACUUCCCUGCUGUGGGAUUAAAAACCAAAGAGGGUAGAGAUCAACUAUACUGGAAAACAAUUAAAGCUUUUCAGUAUGUUCAUGACCAUUAUUUAGAAGAUGCGGAUUGGUUUUUGAAAGCAGACGAUGAUACAUAUGUCAUACUAGACAAUUUGAGAUGGCUUCUUUCAAAAUAUAGUCCUGAAGAACCCAUUUAUUUUGGGAGAAGAUUUAAGCCCUAUGUGAAGCAGGGUUACAUGAGUGGCGGAGCAGGAUAUGUACUAAGCAAAGAAGCCUUGAAGAGAUUUAUUGAUGCAUUUAAAACAGAAAAGUGCACACAUAGUUCUUCCAUUGAAGACCUAGCUCUGGGAAAAUGCAUGGAAGUUAUGAAUGUAGAAGCUGGAGAUUCCAGAGACACCACAGGAAAGGAAACUUUUCAUCCCUUUGUACCAGAACACCAUUUAAUCAAAGGUUAUCUACCCAGAACCUUUUGGUACUGGAAUUAUAACUAUUAUCCUCCUGUAGAGGGUCCUGGUUGCUGUUCUGAUCUUGCAGUUUCUUUUCACUAUGUUGAUUCUACAACCAUGUAUGAAUUAGAAUACCUCGUUUACCAUCUUCGUGCAUAUGGUUAUUUGUAUAGAUAUCAACCUGCCUUACCUGAGAACGUACUAAAGGAAGUAAGUCAAGUAAACAAAAAUGAAGACCCAAAAGUGAAAUUAUGAAAUCCUUGAAAGGAACACAGAUGAGCCAAGGUAAAAAGUCUGACGUUGCACUGAAGAAAGACUUCUGCAUCUCUGACACAGAACCUUGAAAUCCCAGUGAUGUUCCAUAUAGAAAUCUUUCAAAUGAAUGACUGCAAACUAAAGCUUUAAAUAAGCUGUUAAAUGUUUUUUGAUACAGUAAUAUAUAAAUCUGUAUAAGAAUUUGUAUUUUUAAUGGGGUGGCAGGUAGAAGAAGUAGAAAAGAGAUUUUGUCACCUGUUCUUGACCAUGUGUAUUACUGUUACUGAGAAACUAAAACAGUUAAAUUUGCUAUAACUGCAGUGUACCACAUUAGUUACACACAAUGCUAAACAGAUCUGCCUUAAAAUUUUAGAAGGAAAUACUGUUGCUCAGUAUUGUUUAUAAAUUUAUUUGCAGUAUGAUAUAAAUGAACCACUUCUCCCCACCAGUUGUCUAAUGAAAAGUUUGCUGUGAUUAUUUAUAAUUAGCAUUAUUUCUUGAAGAUAGAAUAAGAAUGGCACUUAUUAAAGUGCAUUAAUAAAACUACAUUUUGAAAUUAUGGGCCUCAAUAUAUUUGGUUC